AUGGUCGACCCUAAGCCAAACCCCCAUCAAGGGUAUUUUAUGCGUGGUCCAUGGUUGCACAAGAGAGUCCAACUGAUUCGUUCAAUUGAUUUCGUUCACAUUUCCAAGCACGGAUUUGCUAUUCGCACUUUAAACUAUAUUGGCCAUGGCUAUUCCAAGGGAGUAAUUGUCCACUUGCCCGAUAUCAAUCUUGUGGUAGAUGAAUGUAUUCUAUUUUUCAAUAAAUUUCAUGUGCGUUAUGCCCCAAUUUUGUUGGCGCUUCUAUAUGCAGAGUCGUUGGGUGGGACAAUUGCAUUGCUGAUCACGCUUCGCCGUGAUAAGGAUAUGCCGGUGAGGCCAUUUGGAGACGUCGCAUUGAAUGGGGCUAUGUGUGGUAUAAAUGAUAAGUCCAGACCUCCAUGGCCGCUUGAGCAUUUCUUAUCUAUAGCGGCUGGUUUGGUACCUACCUGGUGCUUGGUUUCCACUCAUUGGUCGAAAGGAGAUAGGUGA